GCCGCUCGGGAAGAGGCGGGCCCCGCGCGUGCCCUGCGGUCGCCAUGGCCGCCAAGGCGGCGACGUGAGCGGCUCGGCGACCCCGCGCCGGGGCCGGGCUGCGCCCCCAGCGCCGCGGAGCCUGCGGCGCCGGGAGCCCUGGGCCAUGCGGCGGCCGCCGCCGACACUGCUGCCGCCGCUGCUCGUGCUUCUCAGCGGCUUCGGCGCUGCGGCGCCCCCCGCAGACUCCCUGGCCCCGCUGCCUGCUCCUCGAAACCUGAAGGUUCACCUGUACAAUGCCCAGCAGGCGCUGAGCUGGGAGCCGGUGUACCUGGACGGCGACCCGAGGCCCGUGGUCUACCAGGUGCAGUAUAAAUACAGCACCAGUAGUAACUGGUAUGACGUCAACAAAGAAGAUAGCAAGGUGGAUUGUACGAAUCUCACCAGGACAGAGUGUGACUUCACCGCAAACAGCCUCUCGGAGGGAUUCCCAUGGCGUUUCAACAUCUCUUUACGUGUUCGAGCUAAGCUGGGGGGCCUUGUUUCUGCCUGGGCAACAGCACCUUGGUUUGAACACUAUCGGAAUGCUACCAUCGGGCCUCCAGAAAACAUCCGGGUGACCCCAGAAGAAGGUUCCCUUAUCAUCAGUCUUUCUCCUCCCUUCGAUGUCCCUGCCUCCGAGGCCUUUUUUGUGUAUCAUGUCUACUACUGGGAGAAGGCAGGAGGCAAACAGGCAAGAGUGCCACGCUGUUUCAGGAGCAACUUCAUCACACUGAAUGAUUUAAAACCCUUAAGAGUAUACUGUUUUCAAGUCAAGGCAGAACUGUGUUUGACCAAAGAAAACAUCUCUCGACCUGGACAUUUAAGCAACAUAUCUUGCUCUGAAACAGCAGCAGAUGCCUCUGUCAAGCUUCAACAAGAUAUCCUGGCCGCGGCGACAACCUUUUUGGUGCUGUUGGUGGUGGUAGGGUCCUGUCUCUUCCUGGUUCUGAAAUACAGAGGCCUGGUUAAACACUGGUUUCACUCUCCGCCAAGCAUUCCAUCACAGAUAGAAGAGUAUUUAAAGGAUCCGGAUCAGCCCAUCUUAGACGCCCUGGACAAGGACAGCUCGCCAAAGGAUGACGCCUGGGACUCCGUGUCCAUCGUGACGUUUCCAGAGAAUGAACAAGAAGGGAGUCCCCAAAGCGCUGAUCCGAGCCACCAGCCCAUGGAAGGAGUUCCCUGAGCCAAGGAAGCUGCAACGUGCCUGCAGGAUGGGGUGGAGCCACUUGCCCCUUAGUCCCGUCACAAAAAGACCCGGGGGUGCCUGGGAAGAAGUCAGUUGUGGGAGAGACAAACUUAUUUUUUUUAACUAGUGAAAGUCAUUCAGUCAUGUCCAACUCUUUGUGACCCAUGGACUAUACAGUGCAUGGAGUUCUCAAGGCCAGAAUACUGGAGUAGGUAGCCUUUCCCUUCUCCAGGGGAUCUUCCCAACCCAGGGAUCAAACCAGGGUCUCCCGCAUUGCCCGCAGAUUCUUUACGAACUGAGCCACAAGGUUUAAAUCCUGCAAGUUUCUAGACUGAUUCUGCAUACCAAAAAAAAAAAAGAUUUUGCUUAAACACUAAAAAGGCAUGUAAUUAUUAGCAAACAGGCUGUGACACCCCUGUGAUAUUUCAGACAUUGUUUCCUGGGCUGGGUGGUCCUCUCCUUGGUUCUGGCAAGGACUUGGGGCCCUUUGGGCAGGUCACGGAACCUGUCCCACCCUCUCCCAACAAGGGACACUGAAUGGCCCUUGACACCCAGUCUCCCUGCUUAAAAUGUAAUUAAUCCUGUAAAUACUUUUCUAGUAAUUUAAGGGACUUCUUUUUUUCCAAACUAGAAAUAAAAGACUGUUUCAUUAAUUUUUAUAAGCCUGUAUAGGGACAUGCCUGGUGAUCCAGUGGUUAAGACUCCGUGCUUCUGGUGCUGGAAAUGGUGGGUUUGACCCCUGGUCGGGGAACUAAGAUCCCCGAACAGUGUGGCCAAAAACUGUAAAUAAAUAGACAUUUGAAAGUC